AUGCCUGUUCUUUACCAAAAAAGCACCAGACCAGUGAAGAAGCUACCGCCUACAAAGGGCAAUACCAAGACUAGUGCAGAGAUCAGCGGCUUACGCAUUCGUUUAGGUGAACCAGAAUUUGCUCGUGAUCUGUCCGAAAUUGAAGCUAGCCUCUUGCUUGAUGAUUUGGAGUCAAUGAGUGAAGAGCAAACCGAUAACGAUGAUGAUAUCCUAAUGGUGUCACAAACUGGUUUGGACGACAACUGGGAUAAAGAUUUCACCAGAACAGAAAGCAAUCUGGAUAAAAAUAAGAGCAGAAAACGUGCAGACGGAGCUACAGGACCAUCUGUCCUCAACCACAGACCCAGUCUCGGUGAAUACCGAAGGUCCACAUGUACCCUACCAAAAGGUCGCGUGUCAGAAACUCUGGCAAAUCGUUUGAGUACCUAUGGGAGCGGCCAAAGUCGAGCUUGUGUGCGUCAAUUAUUGAUUCUGCUCAUGAAUGAAUGCCAACCGAAGGAAAUUAUCCAAAGGAACCAGCGGCGCCAGCAGAUUGUUUUUGAAUUCACAGGAGUAGGCCUUACUGAAGCCUGCAGCUCCCAAUUACUACGGCACACACAGAAUGGUCUUUUACUCAUGCGUCGAAACCUGAGUCUUCCGCUCAACGAUCGAGAAGCAAUGCGGUUUAUGCAAAAAAGGCUGGAAGGACGUUACAAGGCGGAAGAAAGAAACUUGCUGCACAGAAGAUCUGCACCACAGAGAAGAAUGUGGAGUGUACUUGACAACACAUCAGACAUGGGAACCUUUGACACGAACCGGUCACUUACAAAACAAGCCUCUGAAGGGACAUUUACAAGCGAUAUUUCCGAACAAUACUUCACGGAAGCAACAGAUCUGGGGAACAAAGUGAACUACUUCUUGCCAAAACUGGCUCAUUACGAUGGCCCACCGGAAAGAAUCACGAAUAUAUACCGCACUGCGAGAAAUCUGUUGAACAAAUAUCCUCGAUCACAAUCUUCAAACAAAUCAGCAGAAGAGUCAUACUAAUAAGAGCAUUGAGAGAUAGGGAAUGAACCCAAGGAGCCACCAUAAACCGCGAUUUUGGAGCAGGGUUAUCUACAUGGAACUCUUGAGAGUAAAGAAC